AUGGUUUGUGAUGAAAUUUUGUUAUGUAAAAUUAGCGACGUUCAAAAGUUGUUUUCUGAUUUGAGGAAAUCACCAAAUGAUUCCAAAGUUGUUCAAGAGCAAAUUAUUAAACUUCUUGAUGUUCUUCUGUUGGCAAAUAGAGAAGAAAAUUACAAAGAAAUCAGAAAAUUUAUUUUGAAUGGUUUGCAGAAGCUACCAAAAACUCUAAACACUCAUUUGUACAUUGAGUCCUAUAUCAAGAAAAAAGUUUUUAACUUUUUAUAUGGUAGCACCACUGAUGAAAUGACAGGGUUCGAAAACGUCACUAAAGGGAAUAAACUCUCUAGCCUGCCCGCAACGAAUUUCAUUCAAAGAUUUGCCAGUAAAUUCUUACUCGAUUUUGAUUGGUCGGCGGCUAGUAAGUACCAGCCAAUCAGAUGUUUAGUAAAGCACGUUGGAGCGCGGACAAUGAUUCUGAUUCGUCCAAAUCUUGUAGAAUGCUUGAUGUUGGCUUGUGACGAUCCAUCACUGACCAAUCAUAAUCUUCUUCCGAAGUUACUCAAUAGAAGUAAACCUGCUCUGAAUAUGAUGUUGGAAUAUAUGAUCAUCAAUCGCCAUGGUCUUUCAGCAACUCACAAUCUGAGAGCCAUCAUAGCCUGCUUGAAUCUCAUUAAAAAUGAUUAUUAUACAUCAUCACCAUCAUCAUUAUCAACAUCAUUAUCUACAUCAUCACCAUCGGCGUUGGGUUUUAAUGUUGAUGAUAUGUUGGAGCUUUGUAUUAUGCACCAAGAUGAACAGAUUCGCUUAGAUGCUUUGUCAAUCAUCUGCGAACAUCGCAAAACGACCAAUCCCAUUCCUCCUAAUCAUCUUCUCAUCGUCCAAUCCUAUCUCGAGAAUAAUUUUAGCAGCCAAUCGCCGUUUUUCAGGCAGAGAAUGGUCUCCAUCCUUAAGAAGGUUGGGGCUUUUGAGAAUACUUCCAUUGGUCUUUUUGUUAGUUCGUUGAUAAGAUAUUAA